AUGGAGAUGAACAACAUCCAGCUGCCAGCACUCAGCCUGGUCAGCAUCGAGAAAGUCUUCUCAGUCCUUCCAAGACACAUUUCCCUCGACGAUGUUGUCGCCGUGGCAGCAGUCACCGCAGUACUAUGGACCCUUUGGUACCUCGGCCUGCUCUUCGAGCGAUCUGACCCGCAUGCCUACAAGAUGUACGAAAGGCCGCAAGAGAAGAUGGGAGCUAUCGGUGGCGCCAAGGGAACUCGAAACGGUGCCGAAAAGCUCGACCAGAUUGGGGCUGACAUUGUGAUCUUCUGGGGGUCCCAGUCCGGUACUGCUGAGCGCUUUGCUAACCGUCUGUCGAAGGAGAUUAGACAGCGGUUUGGGAAGAAGGCUUUGGCUGCUGAUGUGUCGGAUUAUGAGACUACCUUUAUUGGUGAGAUUCCAGAGACGAAGUUGGCUAUCUUCGUCGUGUCUACGUUUGGCGAGGGUGAUCCGAGUGAUAAUUUACAGGAUUCUUGGAGCUGGCUUGAGACUGCUAAAGGAAGCCCGUUCGCGAACUUGAAGUAUGCGGCACUCGGCCUGGGUAACAGCAACUACAAGUACUACAACGCUGUCGUCGAUGUUGUGGCCGCGAAGCUCAAUGCACUUGGUGCGAAGUGCCUGCUGCCUGUCGCCUACGCCGACGACGCUCAAGGCCAAACGGAGGAGCAUUAUCUGGAGUUCAAGGCCAACGUCUUUCAGCACUUCAAGACUAGUAUGGACUUGGAGGAGUAUGAUCCCGUAUACGAGCCGUUACUGCAGGUCGUCGAAGAUACUUCGCUCGAACCAAUCGCUGUUCGCGGGAGAGCCCUGGGUUCCCAAGCGUGA